AUUUAUACUCAAUAUUCAGGAUAAUAUUGAGGAUAAAUAGCAGAAAAUGCCUAAGUCAAAGAGAUCUAGAAUAGUUUCUCUGACAAAAACCAAGAAAAAAGAUUAUGAACAUAAGAAAAAGUUAUUUCAGGAUAUUCGGGAUUAUAUUGAUAAAUAUGAAUACAUCUGGGUUUUUUGUAUAGAAAAUAUGAGAAAUAUACAUUUAAAAGAGGUUCGAAAUGAAUGGAAAAAUAGCAGAAUGAUUGUAGGACGUAUAAAAGUGAUUGCGAAGUCAUUAGGAUUAACAAAAGAUGAAGAAUAUCGAGAAAAUUUGAGUAAACUUGCAAAAAUGCUUACAGGGGAAGUAGGAGUUUUAUUUACGUCAGAACCAGUAUCAUUUGUUGUAAAUUUUUUUUCAAAGUUUAGUCGGAUGGAUUUUGCACGUUCAGGGUUUAUGUCACCUUUUACCUUUACAGUACCAGCAGGGACGGUUUAUUCUAAAGGAGGAAGAAUUCCAAUAGAUAAUGAUAAUCCUUUGCCACAUACAUUUGAUUCUGUUCUUAGAGGAUUAGGAAUGCCGACUCUUUUGAAAAAUGGAUAUGUUACUUUAUUUAAUGAGUAUACUAUAUGUAAAGAGGGGGAUAUUUUGGACAGUCGACAAACAAGACUUCUUAAAAUAUUUGGAGUUAUAAUGUCGGAAUUCAAAAUUAAGCUUAAAGGUUAUUGGUCAUCUUUAGAUAAUGAAGUGAGAUCUAUGGAUGAUUAUCUUGAACAUUAGAAAAUUAUUUUUAUUAAUUAUAUAUUUAAUUGCAUUAUACUUGA